GGAACAGCAUGGAGCGCGAGGCACCUCACAGAAAAUGUCAUACCGCGCUGCCAACAGAGGGAACGAGCACACUUCUCAGAGCCACAACUACGAUCCACAUGAUGUAGUCUGUCACAUUUGGUUGAUAUUUUGACGCUUGCUGACAGACGCAGAUUGAUACGUGAUUGGGAGCUUCUAGUUUUGCGAGCAGCGGGACUUCAAAUCGCGCAUGCCGCCAAACCGGGAGUAUAUCUGCCUCUGAAUUAUCACCCACACCGACUUAAAACAAUGGCGAGGCGCAAAAGGCGCAACCUACUGAAUUGUUGCGCUUAAAAGCCAGCCUGGACUACACAGGAAACCAUCUCCCCCCACCCGGCUUCUUUUCUGCGAUACAACAGGGAAGCACAGCGGAGCGACAUGGAAAGCCCGACCGAGAACCCAACCAGGGCUGUGGAAUAUUUGAAGGAGCUUAACAAGAUCAUCGAGACCCAACAGGAGUUGCUGGAGAGGCAGAGGGGAAGGAUAGAGGAGCUGGAGCAGCAAGUGUCCGACUUGUGCACGGAGAACGCCUGUCUGAAGGAUCAGUACCAGCGGCACCUGGCAACCUGCAGGCUGCUGCAGGGCAGCAACAGCCUGGUCACACUGGGAGCCAUCAAGGAGCAUAUCACACAGGAAAAGUCUGAAUGUGACUCCUCAAGAAUGGUCAGGAGACAUGCCUCCCUUCCUGUCGAAGUCACAGAGAACCCUGUGAGGUUGGUGUCUGCAGGCUGCAGAAGAGUCGACCCCUGCCGCAAAUGGAAGUCAGCUUCCUUUGGUGUGGAGGGGGAUGGACGGCCCAAUGAGAGUGGCUCUUCCCUGGAUGGUGGAGCUGGCUAUGGCCAGGGCCCGGUGACUCACGGCUCAGCCAUCAGCCCAGACCGAUUCGACAGCCCGCUGUACAGCCACGGGGUCCAACCCGGGCCUCAGAGACCCCGUCGGCCGAAGCUGCAGCACUCGCAGUCCAUUCUCCGUAAGCAGGCAGAGGAGGAGGCCAUCAAGCGGUCCCGCUCGCUCUCUGAGAGCUAUGAGCUCUCCGCUGACCUCCAGGACAAGCAGGUGGAGAUGCUGGAGCGUAAAUAUGGUGGACGAUUCAUAACCCGGCAUGCAGCCCGCACCAUCCAGACAGCCUUCCGCCAGUAUCAGAUGAACAAGAACUUUGAACGUCUCAGGAGCUCCAUGUCUGAGAACCGCAUGUCCAGACGCAUCGUUCUCUCCAACAUGAGGAUGCAGCUCUCGUUUGAGGGCCCUGAGAAAGUGCACAGCUCCUACUUUGAAGGGAGGCAAGUGUCCAUGACGGAGGAUGGCACCCCGCUGUCCAUGGUGCAGUCUGAAUGUGGAGAUAUAGAGGUCCACCAACAGGCUAACAUGGCAUCUCACCCACCCCAGCAGGGUGACCUGACAGACGCGAUCACGGAGCUGGAGGACGCCUUUUCCAGGCAGGUCAAAUCUCUGGCUGAGUCGAUAGACGAUGCACUGAACUGUCGCAGCCUUCAGGGAGAUGAGGGUCCUGAACCAGAGGCUAUGGGCUGCUCUAAGGUGGAGAGGGAGGUGCCCUAUCAGGUGAAGGCUCAUCGCAGGGCAGCUGGACGAAUGCACGAUGAAACAUUGGCGUCCUAUAGUGAUGUUACUCUGUUCAUCGAUGAGGAGGACAUGUCUCCCUCUAUGGCUCUGUCGAGGUCAGGGGACCAGCCCUCCAGCACAGAAUCAGACUUGCGGUUGCGGUCAGUCAACUCCUCCCAGGACUACUGGCCUAUUGACCCCAAAGAUGAGGGUCGUGACACAGACACGAGCUGCCGCAGCACUCCUUCUCUAGAGUGCCAAGAGCAGCGUCUUAGAAUGGACCAUCUUCCUUUGUUGACCAUAGAACCUCCUAGUGACAGCUCUGCGGAGCUCAGCGACCGCUCUGAACGUAGCUCUGUUAAACGGCCGCCUGUGUAUGAACCGCACGGCCACAUCGUAACAUCAUCCCAGGCGAGUCCUAAACACAUCUCCCACGGACCCCCACCACGAGCUUCCUCCCGUGACGAUGAUGCACCUCUGCGUCACCGUCACCGCCAGCUGGAAAGCCACUUAGCUAUCAACGGCUCAGCCAACAGACAGAGUAAGUCCGAAUCCGACUUCUCCGACGGGGACAACGACAGCAUCAAUAGCACAUCCAACUCUAACGACACCAUCAACUGCAGCUCCGAGUCGUCGUCGAGAGACAGCUUACGAGAGCAGACGCUCAGCAAGCAGACUUACCACAAAGAGACUCGCAACAGCUGGGACUCGCCCAUCUUCAGUAACGAUGUUAUACGCAAGAGACACUACCGCAUCGGCCUGAAUCUCUUCAACAAGAAGCCAGAAAAGGGCAUCCAGUACCUGACUGAGAGGGGAUUCAUCCCUGACACACCUGUUGGUGUGGCUCACUUCCUGCUGCAGAGGAAGGGUCUGAGCAGGCAGAUGAUUGGAGAAUUUCUCGGCAAUCGACAGAAACAGUUCAACAGAGACGUCUUGGACUGUGUGGUAGAUGAAAUGGAUUUCCAGGGCAUGGAGCUGGAUGAGGCUCUAAGGAAAUUUCAGAACCACAUCCGCGUUCAGGGUGAGGCCCAGAAGGUGGAGCGACUCAUCGAAGCCUUCAGCCAGCGCUACUGCAUCUGUAACCCCACAGUGGUGCGGCAGUUCAGGAACCCUGACACCAUCUUCAUCCUGGCGUUCGCCAUCAUCCUCCUCAACACUGACAUGUACAGUCCCAACGUCAAACCCGAGAGGAAGAUGAAGCUUGAGGACUUUAUCAAGAAUUUAAGGGGUGUGGAUGACGGGGAGGACAUCCCUCGGGAGACUCUCGUCGGCAUCUAUGAGAGGAUCCGUAAGCGAGAGCUCAAGACCAAUGAAGACCAUGUCUCACAGGUGCAGAAGGUUGAGAAGCUCAUUGUGGGAAAGAAACCAAUUGGAUCACUCCACCACGGCCUGGGAUGUGUGCUGUCGCUGCCCCAUCGCCGGCUGGUGUGCUACUGCCGUCUGUUUGAAGUGCCAGAUCCCAACAAGCUCCAGAAGCUGGGCCUGCAUCAGCGGGAGAUCUUCCUGUUCAAUGACCUCCUAGUGGUAACUAAGAUCUUCCAGAAAAAGAAGAACUCGGUGACGUACAGCUUCAGACAGUCCUUCUCUCUGUACGGGAUGCAAGUCAUGCUGUUUGAAAAUCAGUAUUACCCAAAUGGAAUCAGACUUACAUCAGCGAUACCAGGUGCGGACAUCAAAGUCCUCAUCAACUUUAAUGCGCCCAACCCCCAGGACCGCAAGAAGUUCACAGACGACCUGCGAGAGUCCAUUGCCGAGGUCCAGGAAAUGGAGAAAUACAGAAUAGAGUCUGAGCUGGAGAAGCAGAAGGGGGUGGUGAGGCCCAGCAUGUCCCAGAGCUCCGGUCUGAAGAAGGAAGCUGGCAACGGGAACAUGAACCGCGCCAGUCUGGAUGACACCUACGCCAUGGGCGAGGGCCUGAAGAGAAGCGCCCUCAGCAGCUCCCUGCGAGACCUCUCCGAAGCAGGCAAGCGGGGGCGUCGCAGCAGUGCAGGAUCACUAGACAGCAAUAUGGAAGGGUCCAUCAUUAGCAGUCCGCACACACGCCGGAGAGCCACCACGCCACGUGAGGGCGCAUCCCGCGGCCACCCCUCCAUCCCUAACUCAGCAUCGACUUCCAUUCUUGGGUCGCUCUUUGGCAGUAAGCGAGGCAAACCGUCAUCCCAAAGCCACGCCCCUUUUCCCCCGCCCGGCCAGCCCACCCUCAUAUCCCACAAGCCCCACCCGACCAACCUGCACCACACAGCACAGGUGGGGCACACAGCGCAACACCACAGCCACCAUUCCCAGUACUGCCAAGUCCCGCAGAACCCGCCACCUUACCACCACCACCACCACUACCACCCGCCGCCUCACACGCAGUACCACCAGCACCCGGGCUACACCUCACACGCACACCAACACCCGCAUUCGCAGCACAGCCAUUACAGCCAGCAUUCCCAUCAUGCCUCACACUCCCAGCAUGCCCCUCACCACCACAGUCAGCAAGCGGGUUCGGCGCCUGGCGGACCCAAACCUAAACACAGUGGCAUCAGCACCGUAGUGUGAUGCUAGCGAGGAGGAACGGGGAGCGAACUUAAUGAAGGAGGGACAAUUGCUUACACCAAAGGGACUGACAGCAUAACUCUAUGGCCUGUCCACUGUGUUUUACUGCUGCUGUGAUGGAAACAAGUCACAUGCAGUUUUUCACCUCCAGGUCCAACUAAUAUGCAGGAUGGAAAUCGGACUCAAAUCUUCCACCAGGGGCCUUUACUAGUUUGCCUGAUCAUGGGCUUGGCCCAGUCAGGGUUUUUGUGGGUUGGGUUCUGUACAGGAAGAUGCUCUGUGUUUUCCACACACUCAACGCCGGCCGUGAUGGCUGCAGAGAAAAUCUUUUCUCAGCGAGCCGCUCCCCAACUGCUUCAUCCCCUCAAUAAGCCUGUCUUACCUUCACAUAAUCAGGAGGAAAGACGACCCUGAGAUGAGAACAUGGCUGACUGUUUUCUCUGUCACAACGAUGGCGUAAUUCCUUGUGCACAGCCUUUUCGGAAGUUGACUUUCAACUCUUUGGUUUUGCAGCUCCUACCAUCAUAUGAAUGCAAUUUGUCGUCGCCUCCCGUAGAGCUCAUAUGUAGUGGAGAAACCUUAGAUAUAAUCAUUUCACACUAAAUCAAAGGACAGGUAAACAAACUGAGUCGACCAUCUCAGUCAUUGUAGUUCUAGUGCUGUAUUUACUGUAGAUGACAGCUAUAUGUGUUGUCUCCUAGCUCUCAUAAAUAAAUGUGCCAAUUAUUAAUGCAUAAUCUAUUUAGUCAAGACUUCAUGUACAGUAUAUUGUGCGUAAAGUAAUUUGUAAGAUUAUACUUACAAUUAUUAUUAUCAGCAAAAAUGAAUUUUAUCAGUAUUAUACUGACUCUGUGGUAACAGGAUGUAGAUCUGAAAGGAGUGAACUCCCAUUCAGUGCGGCCUAUAAUCUAUUCUGGAUAUUUUUUUUGCCUUUCGAACGGAUCAAAUGAAGCCUCUGGAUGGCAGCUGUUGCAUAUGGGCCUCAAUAUUGAAGCCUCAAAGCAGACUUUUCCUGUAGACAAAUGAAAACUGGGUCGGUUGUUUUAAUCUCAGUUUACUUCUCAGACUGUGGCUGCUUACACUAAAAGUAAUAAAUGAAAAGACAUUUUUAAAUGGCUCGGUUCAAAUGUUACAAAUGGAUCCACAGAGCGUGUCGAACAUGUAAAGUCUGUUGCCUUUAAGAUAUAUGCAACAGCUGCUCUCUCAAAUCUGAAAAUCAAUUUUGAAAUCUUCUUUUGCCUUGUUUAGUAUAUUUUUUUCAUUCACCAACAAGGUGAGUGACUAAAAUCAGUUCCCUACAUAGUGAAGUAUUUUUUUCAUCUUUUUUUUCUAUCAUAUGUGCAAUAUCUUUGUACUGAUUUUGUACAUUACGAACAAGCAUGGUGUCCCUCCAAUUUGUGUUUUUUUUUCUUUCAUGUUGCGUCAUUAUUUAUUUAUUUUGGACCCCUGUCAGAGUCUUUCUCGGUAAAUUAAUGUGUGGCUGUCCUCGUGCUCUUAUGAUGAGAGGUACAGACUUGGAGUUCAGUGGAAUGUCUAGUGAGUGAUUUUUUGCAUGUAAUGUUAUUAAUGUGAGGCUAUCCUCUGCACAUUGUAUAACAAAAAUCAGUGUUACCAUAGCAAGUUUAAGUGCAAUCAUGUUCAGAAAACGCAGACUUGUACUGAGAGUGGAAGUCUGUUAUCUUGUUGUCCAGGAUGAGAUUCAGGUGAAAAAAAAUCUUUUUUUUUCAUUGAAGAAUAUAUAAAUACUUACUUACACAGUUCACAGUGGAAAGAGGAAUGUGUGUAUAUAUUUUAAUAAAAGGAAUAUGCUUCUCUUUGGGCUGAACAGAAAUAUUUUGCUGGAUAAGCACAUAUGAAAGAAACACUUUCAUUUUUUCAGGAAAUGCAGUUAUACAAAAUGCAAACUGAACAAAGGAACUGGGUAUAUGUAAAGAAUAACUUUCUACAUUCUACAAAUAAGAGUCUAUUCUAGUGUGUAAAUUAGUGACAGUAAACUGUUUGUCCCGAUAUUCAGGUUGUAAAUGUAUUUUAACAUUCACAGAGAAAAGCAUUGCCAUAAGUCAAGCUUAUUAUUUCCACACAUUUCUCCUCAUGUGAAGUAACAAGGAAAAGUUCAAAUGACAGACAUAUCACGUUAUGGGACGUUAAUGAUCAGCUGAAUGUGUCUUUCCAUUGAUUUCGUAAUUUUUUUGCGAUAAUUCUGAAAUCUUGGGAUAAUGUAAAACUGAGGGAUCUGUUGAUUUCGGUGUGUGUUGUAGUGCUUCAAAUGUCUGUUUGUGAGAAAGUACCCCAACGAUGCACUGCAUGGAUCAUCAUGUGUCCUAUUCACUGUGAGCUGAUUGGGAAAAAAAAUCAGCCUAUAAAUUUUUAUUAAUUUGGAAUUUCCUGAUGUGUUCUUGUUGCUCCAUGUUAUUGAAGCUCAGCAUGCAUUUCAUUAACAAAGCCAUUGUGUAAAUUACAAACAUGAAGAACAUUGCACUUCUGUUGCUGAGGGCUUUCAUCGUGUAAAUACGGGAUUUUUUGGUGUGCAAGCUUGGAAGGAGGGAGUUUAUCUUUAUGAAACUGUAAAGGGACCAAGACGGGGGUUAUUGCAGUUGUACAUAAUGUGUAUAGGAUCAGUACUCUAUUCUGAUAUCUGCAGCUAAGAUCAGGAUGUAUAUUCAUCACCUCACAGAUGGAUUCAAGGGGGGGGGGUAUAUGAACAUAUCGACUGUCUCUGCCUCUAGCUGUCGUGAAGUGACAUUUGCUGUAGAAAUCAAAAACAGACUGUUAAGAAAGUUCGCUGCCAUUUACAUCCAGCUCUCUUUUCAUACAUGCACCCCCCCCCCCGAACACACCCACACAAACAGACAACAUACACACAUCCUGCAGCAAGCUGUUCAGUCUGGCGUGAGACACAUUUGAAAGAAAAAAAAACAAUAUGAAAAGACAAGAAUGGCCUCAUUUAUAUGUGCAUUCUGUUUGUACAGUGAGUAGUGAGACCCCAGUUAUUGUAAAACUUCAACUGUGACAAUGUUGAGAACGCAAAAUAAACGAAUAUAUGACUUAUGGUA